AUGCAGGGCACCCCAGUAAAUAUUAUAGUAGGUUCUCAGGUUUGGGUUGAGGACCCAACAGUCGCUUGGGUUGAUGGACGUGUUACAAAGAUCAAUAAACAAGAAGUUACUAUUGAUGCAACUGAUGGGAGACAGGUUGUUUCAAAUUUAUCAAAAAUUUAUCCCAAAGAUGAGGAUGCUCCUGCUGGAGGAGUUGAUGACAUGACCAAGCUCUCAUAUUUGCAUGAACCUGGGGUCUUGCAGAACUUGAAAUCAAGAUAUCAACUAAAUGAAAUAUAUACAUAUACUGGAAGCAUACUAAUCGCAAUUAAUCCAUUCCAAAAACUGCCUCAUAUAUAUGAUAUCCACAUGAUGGAACAAUACAGAGGAUCAGGUCUAGGAGAACUUAGUCCCCAUGUCUUUGCAAUUGCUGACGUUGCUUUCAGGGCAAUGAUGAAUGAGGGAAAAAGCAACUCUAUUUUGGUAAGUGGUGAGAGUGGAGCUGGUAAAACUGAAACAACCAAAAUGCUUAUGCGUUACCUUGCGUAUUUGGGUGGUCGCAAAGGUACUGAAGGACGGACUGUAGAACAACAAGUUCUCGAGUCAAAUCCGGUACUUGAAGCAUUUGGAAAUGCUAAGACUGUUAGAAAUAACAAUUCCAGUCGGUUUGGAAAAUUCGUUGAGAUUCAAUUUGACAAAAAUGCAAAAAUAUCUGGAGCAGCUAUUAGAACUUAUCUCCUUGAGAGAUCUCGUGUUUGCCAGGUUUCAGAUCCUGAGCGGAACUAUCACUGUUUCUACCUUCUUUGUGCAGCACCACAGGAGGAAAUUGAAAGAUACAAGUUAAUGAAUCCUAAAUCUUUUCAUUACUUGAAUCAAUCAAAUUGCUAUGAGCUAGUUGGUGUAAGUGAUGCUCAUGAUUAUCUUGCAACAAGAAGGGCUAUGGAUGUUGUUGGAAUUAGUGAAACCGAUCAAGAAGCAAUUUUUAGAGUUGUGGCUGCCAUUCUUCAUCUCGGUAAUAUUGAAUUUACGAAGGGAAAAGAUGCUGAUACAUCUGUUCUUAAAGAUGAGCAAUCGAAAUUCCAUCUUCAGACAACAUCAGAGCUUCUUAUGUGUGACCGGGUUGCGCUAGAAGACGCAUUAUUGAAGCGUGUGAUGGUCACUCCUGAAGAAGUUAUCAAGAGAAGUCUUGAUCCUGAAAAUGCAGCAGUUAGUAGGGAUGGUUUAGCUAAGACUAUAUACUGUCGUUUAUUUGACUGGUUGGUGGACAAGAUUAACAACUCAAUUGGACAAGAUCCAAACUCAAAGUCACUAAUUGGUGUUCUUGACAUUUAUGGUUUUGAAAGUUUUAAAAGUAAUAGCUUUGAACAGUUUUGCAUUAAUUAUACAAAUGAGAAGCUGCAGCAACAUUUUAAUCAGCACGUGUUCAAGAUGGAGCAAGAGGAAUACACAAGAGAAGAGAUCGAUUGGAGCUAUAUUGAGUUUGUUGAUAACCAAGAUGUCUUAGAUCUUAUUGAAAAGAAACCCGGGGGCGUUGUUGCUCUUCUUGAUGAAGCCUGUAUGUUCCCCAAGUCAACUCAUGAAACUUUUUCACAAAAGUUGUAUCAGACAUUCAAGAGCCACAAGCGUUUUAUCAAACCAAAACUGUCCCGUACUGACUUCACGAUUUCUCAUUAUGCCGGAGAGGUUCUAUACCAAUCUGAUCAAUUUUUAGAUAAGAACAAAGACUAUGUUGUUCCUGAGCAUCAAGAUUUGUUGAGUAGCUCUAAAUGCUCAUUUGUAGCUGGCCUCUUCCCUCCUCUUCCCGAGGAGACAAACAAAUCAUCCAAAUCUUCCAAGUUCUCAUCUAUUGGUUCUCGUUUUAAGCUACAACUUCAACAACUGAUGGAGACUCUGAAUUCCACCGAACCUCAUUACAUCAGAUGUGUGAAGCCGAAUAAUCAACUAAAACCUGCCAUCUUUGAGAAUGUCAACAUCUUGCAACAACUGCGUUGCGGUGGUGUCCUAGAGGCUAUUAGAAUUAGUUGUGCUGGCUACCCUACUCGUAAGACAUUUUUUGAAUUUCUUAAUCGGUUUGGUCUUCUUGCUCCAGAGGUAUUGGAGGGAAGUUAUGAAGAAAAAGCUGCAUGCAAAACGAUUUUGGACAAUGCUGGGCUUGCGGGUUCUCAGAUUGGUAAGACAAAAGUUUUUCUGAGAGCUGGUCAGAUGGCUGAGCUAGAUGCAAGGAGGGCACAAAAGCUAAGCAAUGCAGCCAAGAAGAUUCAAAGGAAAAUUAGAACUCAUAUUGCUCGGAAAUACUUUCUUGCUUUACAAAAGUCUGCAGUUACUCUGCAAUCUUCAUGUCGAGGCCGGAUUGCUUGGAAAUUGUUUGAACAUAUGCAAAGGGAAUCUGCUUCUCUCAAAAUACAGAAAAAUUUGCGUGGACGCUUUGCCUGGAAGUCCUACAGGAAUCUUCAAGAUGCAGUCAUAUCUGUUCAGACAGGGAUCAGGGCAAUGGCUGCACGCAAAGCUUUCAGAUUCAAAAAUCAAAAUAAGGCUGCGAUUAUCAUACAAGCCUGUUGGCACGGUUAUAGAACCUAUUCAUACUACAAGAAACUCAUAAGGGCAGCAAUUGUAACACAAUGCAGAUGGAGGGGAAGGUUAGCAAGGAGAGAGCUUCGAAAACUAAAGAUGGCUGCAAGAGAAACAGGCGCACUUAAAGAAGCAAAGGACAAGCUUGAAAAACAGGUUGAAGAACUUACGUGGCGUGUGCAACUGGAGAAACGCCUAAGGACAGAUUUGGAAGAGGCAAAGGCGGCAGAAAUUGCAAAGCUGCAGAAUACCAUACAGUCUAUGCACGGCAAAGUUGAGGAAACAACUUCACUCCUCAGCAAGGAAAAGGAGGCUGCUAAGAAAGCUAUUGAAGAAGUCUCUUCAAUUGUCAAAGAGACACCUGUUGCUGUUGAAGAUACAGCAAAGAUCGAGUCUUUAAGUACAGAAAUGGACACUAUAAAGGAUGAAUUGCAAUCUGAAAAACGACGGGCGGAUGAAUUUGAAAGUAAAUGUGAAGAAGCUUUAAAGUCAAAUGAAGAAAAGCAACAGAAGUUGGAAGAAACUGAAAAAAAAGUUCAACAACUUCAGGAAUCACUCAAUAGGCUUGAAGAGAAGAUGACAAACUUAGAGUCAGAAAAUAAAGUCCUUCGCCAGCAGGCUCUAGCAAUGGCACAAAAUACUAAGAUGCAGUCAGUACGCUCAAGAUCAUCAGUCAUUCAGAGGACUGAAAGCACAAAAAGUACUGCUAGUAGUAACUUAGAUCUUCAUAGUUCUUCACUGAAUGCAAGAGAACAUGUCGAGGUUGAGGGAAGACCGCAAAAAUCCCUUAAUGAGAAACAGCAGGAGUAUCAGGACUUGCUCAUCCGUUGUGUUGCACAGCAUCUGGGCUUCUCUAAGGGCAGACCGGUUGCUGCUUGCAUUAUCUACAAAUGUCUUAGGCAGUGGCGGUCAUUUGAAGUUGAAAGGACCAGCAUCUUUGACAGGAUAAUACAAACCAUCGGCCAAGCUAUUGAGACUCAGGAUAACAAUGAUAUCUUAGCUUAUUGGUUGUCCAAUGCAUCAACUUUGUUGCUUCUGCUUCAACGUACACUGAAAGCUAGUGGGGCUGCUGGGAUAGCUCCACAGCAUCGGCGAUCAACAUCAGCAACUCUCUUUGGGAGAAUGACACAGAGUUUUCGUGGAGCUCCUCAAGGGGUCAAUCUUUCUCUUAUUGAUGGUGAUUCAGCUACUGGAGUGGAUACCUUACGCCAAGUUGAAGCCAAAUAUCCUGCACUUCUGUUCAAGCAGCAGCUGACAGCUUAUGUGGAAAAGAUUUAUGGAAUGAUCCGUGAUAAUUUGAAGAAAGAGAUUUCUCCAUUACUUGGAUUAUGCAUUCAGGCCCCAAGGAUAUCCAGAGCAAGCUUGAUUAAAGGAACUGCACGUGCCCUUGCAAAUGCCGCGGCUCAAGAAAUUCUUAUUGCUCACUGGCAAGGAAUUGUCAAAAGCCUUGCAAAUUUUUUGGACAUGUUGAAAGCCAAUCACGUGCCUCCAUUUCUAGUUCGUAAAGUUUUUACACAAGUUUUCUCCUUCAUCAAUGUCCAAUUGUUCAACAGUCUCUUGCUAAGAAGAGAAUGCUGCUCAUUUAGCAAUGGUGAGUAUGUCAAGGCCGGGCUUGCUGAACUUGAGCAUUGGUGCUAUAAAGCAACCGAUGAGUAUGCAGGGUCUGCAUGGGAAGAGCUCAAACAUAUAAGACAGGCCAUUGGAUUUCUGGUCAUACAUCAGAAACCGAAGAAGACACUGGAUGAGAUAAGCCACGAUUUAUGCCCUGUGCUUAGCAUACAACAGCUGUACAGAAUCAGCACAAUGUACUGGGACGACAAAUAUGGCACUCACAGUCUUUCCCCUGAAGUUAUAUCCAAUAUGAGGGUGCUAAUGACAGAAGAUUCAAACAAUGCUGUCAGCAGUUCUUUUCUGCUAGAUGAUGAUUCGAGCAUACCAUUCUCAGUGGAUGAUCUAUCCAAGCCAGUGGAUCAGAUGGACAUUUCAGACAUUGAACCGCCACCUCUCAUUCGCGAAAACUCAGGCUUUAGUUUCUUAUUACCUCGUGCAGACUAACAGCUUCCAACCAUGGCUUGGUCUUUAGCAAGCCUGCAGAAAGGAGCAGACACCAAUUACUAAUAAAAUGUUUCAAACUACGUGCCCCGCCACAAGGAUUAUAUAUCAGAUGCUGGGUGAUAGAGUUAGGAGGCCAGGCCAGCAUUAUUCGUCUAUCGUCCUGGAUUUCAGUGCAUGUACUCUAGGAGAUUUUGUUUCCCCCUUCCUAUAUAUGUUUCUUAGUUUAAUUUCCUCUUUUUAGUUGUUUUCUGGCAUUCUGCAGAUAGAUAGUUUCUGCAGAGAAAGACAGAAAGAAGAUGAAAAAGAAAGAGAUAAAGACAUUUUG